CACUGAGGACCAGCACCCGCAGACACUGACUGACCCCGAGAGCCGGAGGCAGGGAGCAAGCAACAAGUGUGAGCCUGAGCUGAUGGCAGGACCCCGACCCGUCUGAAGCACCACACAGUAGAGGCCCAGAAAAGGGGGACUCAAAGUACCACCUGUCUGUUCGACCGGAGGCCUUUCUGACACUUUUUAUCCCGAAGAGGAACUUUUUUUUGUUGUUUGUUUUUGCGAUUUUCAGGACAUUUUGGCCACAAACUCAAGAAAAGUGGACUCUAAGUGUGUUGUAUCGAUUCAUCAUCUGUGGAAGUCUUUUUUAAAAAAGAUGAUGAUGGAGGACCACCUGCCCAAAAUCCCCAUGAUGCCGACCUCGUCUCCCGCCGAGUCCUCGGGGAGCGGCGGCACGGACGACAGCAGAGGAGGUAAGAGUUUCACACAGGGGUACCAGGAGUGAAAGUAUACGACAAAAAACUUCAGAUUUAAAGGCUUUUUUUUUUUUUGGAUGCUCAUGUUUUUAUGUUUAUGUUUGAACACUCGAAUUUAAAAUUAUAUAUCUAAUAUCAAAACAAGUUUCUUUGUUAACACACAAUCACAGAACCAAACUCACUUCUAAAAAUCGUCUUAUUUUACCACCUUUUCUCUUUUUAAUUCUUCUACUCAAAAAUUUUGAGGCAUUUUUUCCCGAUUUUACCGCUUUUUUUCAAAUAAAAUUCUUUUCCUUGUUUUUAUUCUAAUUUCCGGUUUUACUUAGACCAUUUUUCUUGAUUUUUACCCAAAAAAAAUUUAUUAUUUAACGACUUUUGAAUCCAUCUUUUAUCACUCUGUUGAAUGAUAGAUGUUAAACUUUCUUAUUGCAUGAAUAACAAUAACUAUAGUGGCAGUACCUCUUAUACAUCUGUUUUAUUUGACACUCAGGUGCAUUUAAAAAAACAAGAAAAAAGUCCAUAAAACAGAAUUAAGAUAUAAACGUUGUAACUAUGAGUUCUGCUGCCUUAGUGUAUCUUAAUCAGCAGGUUUAUUAAGAUUAAUAUCAGCACUCCUGCAUCGUUUGAUGGUUAGUCUAUAUUUUAAAGCCUCAUAAAUACCCAAUAAUUAUUUCUUAAAUGCUGUCAUAACGCUGCCGAAGAGUGGAGCUCUGUUCAGGCCGGGCUGACAGCUGGCAGGCGCACGUAUGAAACAAUGAGACGAACAUGAACGGCACUAACCGACCUGCCCCGUGUUCCUCUGUUUGACUCACAGCCAAGAGUCCAGCUCCAGGGAAAGCUCUGAGUCCGGCUCUGGUCUGCAAAGUGUGUGGAGACACCAGCAGCGGGAAACACUACGGCAUCUACGCCUGCAACGGCUGCAGCGGUUUCUUCAAACGCAGCGUGAGGAGGAGGCUCAUCUACAGGUAACAGGACGCUGCAAAACCACCAGGUUUUAAGUUAGUCGCAUAAAACAGUUUUUCGCACCACUUAUUUCUAUUGUAUUAACAUUAUUAGUUUGCUUAAGGUUUUAAUAGCAGACCAAGUUGGACUUUAAAGUCUUGUAAACAUUUACAGUAAAUUAGUGUUUCCUGUAGUCUUUCUUUACAGUAAAUGCAGUUUUUUCCCCUAGUUUUGUGUGGACUCUUCCUUUAAAGUCUUGUUUUUUCUGUGUAAACAGGUGUCAGGCCGGUACAGGAAUGUGUCCAGUGGACAAAGCUCAUCGCAACCAGUGUCAGGCGUGUCGGCUGAAGAAGUGUCUGCAGGCCGGCAUGAAUAAAGACGGUGAGUGUUUGAAAAUAAUAAGAGUUUCCUAAAUGCCAGAUCUCACAGUAACCAAAGAUUUCACUGUUUUAUAACAAAGACCAUUAAAGAAUAUCGUGUUUUAAAAAUUAUAGAUACAUUAGUAAUACUGAUGAUGUCUGACCUCAGUACUUCUUCCUCCCUGCAGCGGUGCAGAAUGAGCGUCAGCCCCGCAGCACAGCUCAGGUGCGCCUGGACUCCAUAGAUGUGGACCCUGAGAAGGAGCACCUCGCCACCACACGGGAGCCCACCUCGUCAUCCUCCUCUUCCUCGUCCUCCUCCUCUUCCUCCUCCAGCAGCUCUGUCAUCACGUGGCCCCACAUCAGCUCCUCCGUGGCCAUCACCUCCUCUGUGGCCCCCCAGCGCUGCAUCAGCCCCCAGAACAACCACCGCUUCAUGGCCAGCCUCAUGACAGCUGAGACCUGCGCCAAGCUGGAGCCUGAAGACGGUGAGGAGGCUUUGAUUAAUGAUUGGGUCAUAGUAACACUUGGAUGCUCUGAUUUUAUUGUAGCUGCUGGGCAUGCUUCCUCCAAAAAUCUAUAUUUAUAAUACUUGGAGUUGAGAUUGCUGGAGGUAGAGAGGUCAGUUUUGGCAAAAAAUUCUGUGAUACAUGAAGUUUUAUUUUAUUACCUAAAAAUCAAAGUCACAAAAAAAGAUUGUAUUGAGUAGAUUUUCAAUAGGCCAAAUAUAAUGAAGAUUUUAGUGCAGAAAACAAAGUUUGAACCGUACAAUCUUGGAGUUUUUCAUCUUAAAUUGUGCAAGAGCCCCAGUGACACCUCAGAGGUUAUGUCUUUUUCUUACAUGCCCCAAAACUCAUGAGAGCCAUUCAUCAUAUGUUUGCUAAAGUUUGCAAUGAGGCCAAAACCUACAAAAACAACCUCUUAAACCCAUCCUUGGUUGUUUUGAAUGUCUGAUUUAAGCAAUUUAUGACCGGUUUUAUGCAUUUGUCAACAUCAAAACGUGUUAUUAUAGAGAUGCACUGAUCCAUUUUUUUCCGAUGCAAUCCGAUACAAAACCUAGGCUGAGCGUAUCUAUCAAUACUACUGUUGAAUUAAUUAACUGUAUACUUUGCACCUUGAGUGAAGGCAUCAGGCUUGACAUUAGCCUUGUUUAAAAAAAAAAAAGGUAAACAAGUUAACACAGAUAUGAAUUUACAUAAUGUUAUUCAUUAACAAAUAACAAAUUGCACAUUAGCACACAGCAAAAAGAAGUAAAAUUUUCAUGUAUUUAAAGAAAAAUUGAUUAAAAGAAAAGCCUGGACCGGAUGCUGGAUCGGCGUCAUUCAUCCCAUAUCCGAUCCAGUUAAUUUGUCAAUAUCGGAGCAGAUAUCGGAUCAGUGCAUCCCUAAUUAUUGAUACAGAAUAUUUGAUUUAAAAGAUAUUUAAUCAAUUGUUCUGUAUUAAUAGUACGUGUUUUGGCGAUAACAAUUAAGUAAAACGCACGAAAAACUGGCUGAGAAAUGAGCGAGUUAUGAUUUAUUUUGCCUUCAAUCGGAACGAUGCCUCCACCAAGAUGGCCGCCACGUUGGCACGUCACUCAGCGGGCUGCUCCCGCGCGCUGGCGUAUCUAGUCUAAAUCAAACUGAUAACAUCUACCGAACAACUUCCAGAUAAAAUCAUCUGACCAAACUCUUUUGUCGACUCACCAGCAUGCUCAUCCUCGCGUCUCGUUUCCGUUUCAGUUGACGAGAACAUCGACGUGACGAGCAACGAGCCUGAACGCGCCUCCUCAGAGUACCACAUGGCUCUGUACCCGUCCAGCUCCGAGAACGUGUACGAGACUUCCGCCAGGCUGCUCUUCAUGUCGGUGAAGUGGGCCAAAAACCUGCCUGUGUUUUCACACCUGCCCUUCAGAGACCAGGUAACAGGAGACCUCUGUGAAACUUAGAGUUUACUUAGAAUCCUUUCUUAUUUCACCUUUUAUUGGUUUUAUUGGGGUUUUUUUCUGCUCAUUUUUGUUAUUCCGUUUGAUCAUUACUAUAGCCAUCAUUAUUAUUUUAUUAUGAUUUUAUUAUCAUUAUUAAUAUCGCCUUUUUUUCUAUUUACUAUCCUGUUUCCUGCCUUCUACACACUUUUUUUUUACAUUUCUUUUUCUUACCUAUUUUAUGUUUUUAUUUUGGUCCUCAUGUUCUCAUUGUAUUGUCCGGGUUUCUUAUGACAAAUGAAAUUGGCCUUCAAUUCAGAGGCCUUAUUUUUAACUGAGCUUUUGUUUUUUAUCUGUUUUUAUUACGACUGUUAUUUAUGACUGUUUGUCAGGGCACUUUGUAAACUUCUGUUUUUAAAAGUGCUAUAAAAUUACAUUUUCUGUACUCUAAAUAAUGUUUAAUAAUCCCAGACUGGGUGUCCAGGGUGUCCCCUGCCUUCGCCCAAAGAUGCUGCGAUAGGCUCCAGCCCCCCCACGACCCCUAAUGGGAUUAAGUGGUAUAAAAUGCAUGGAUGGUUCGGAGAGAAGCAUCCUUUUCAUUUCUGUGUAUAAACUCAGAUCUGGCAGAAAUUGACAAUUAAAAAAUAUUUAAAAAAGAAAAUAUAAUUUUAUAUGACAAAUACCAAAUAAAAUUUAAAAAAGAACAAAAGAAAUUGAGUCUCAAAUUCGUAAAUUAAAAUCUAUGGUUAGCGCCCCUUCAUUCCCCGUCUCCUUUCAGCUGUGGUAUUACAGUAAAGUUUAAAAAAAUGCCCCAAAAGUAAACAGCGUUUUUCUCAAAGGUUUCCCUCUUCUCUUUGUGUCUGUUCAGGUGAUUCUGCUGGAAGAGGCGUGGAGCGAGCUCUUCCUGCUCUGUGCUGUUCAGUGGUCUCUUCCUCUGGACAGCUGCCCGCUGCUCUCUCUGCCAGACCUCUGUCCCAGCAUGCAGGGAAAAACCAGCUACACCAGCCUGGACCUGCGCCUCCUGCAGGAGGUCUUCAGCCGCUUCAAGGCCCUCGCUGUGGACCCCACAGAGUUCGCCUGCCUCAAGGCGAUUGUGCUCUUCAAACCAGGUUAAUGAUUGUUUUUUAUGCCAACUGGUGGUUUUAAAAUUUAUGAUCAUUUCAGACACAGUUUAACCUCAUGUAAUGUUCAUUUUCACUCACAGAGACCCGAGGGUUGAAGGAUCCAGAGCAGGUGGAGAACCUGCAGGAUCAGUCUCAAAUGAUGCUGGGACAACACAUCCGCUCACACUACCCGAGUCAACCAGCCAGGUAAGAUCCACCCCUCAGUGCUGCUGGGUUCUGUAAUCAGUCUAAAUCAGAUAAAACUCAAAGUCUCUGUUCUCUGUUUUGCGGUUGCAGGUUUGGAAAGCUGCUCCUUCUUCUCCCCUCCCUGCGAUUCGUGAAUUCAGAGCGGAUAGAGCUGCUGUUUUUCCACAGGACCAUCGGAAACACCCCCAUGGAGAAGCUGCUGUGUGACAUGUUUAAGAACUGAAAACCCUCCUCAUAGAAACCCAUGCAGUUAUCCUCAGGUUCAGAGGAUGUUUGAAGGAUCUUUGCUUUUAAUUUCUGUUUACAUUUCAGAGAUUUUACGAGCUGAUAUUUUUUUAAGCCACUUUAAUGUUUGUGAAUGAAAUGCAUCUCAGUUCUCAUCAUCAUAAGCUUGCUGUCAGAAACAUAUUUAGGCGUAAAGUCAGUAUUUCUGUGUUUUUUUCUGUGUCAAUUUCAGUGCAGAUCCUGAUAGAUGGGCUGUAAAUACCUGAUGUGUCUCUUAUUUUCAUGUUUUUAUGCCUCGAUAAAGAAAAAAAUAUACUGAAAAAA